CUACUUCAUCCACGGUUUCUUUUGCAUUCCCAUCUGGGACAGCCAGCCUUUGUCCUUUCUUCUCCACCUAGAAGCGGUCACGUCCCCAGGAGGCAUUGGGACAAACAGAGCUGAAACCACGCCAACUGGAAGAGCAGCACCCGGCAGCCUCAGCUCCAGUGCAGUCACUCAAGAAGGAAUCGUGAGUACAGUUGUCAGUGGCACAAACAGAGCUGAAACCACCUCUAACGGAAGAUCAGCAGCUGGGAGCAGCCCUUCCAGUGGCACCACACAAGGAUGUCUAGGACCAGUCUCAGUGUGUCAUGGUCCAUUAGGUGAAGAAAAAUCUCCUGGUGACAUAUGGAUUAUAAAUUGCCACCAGUGUACCUGUAGUGAUUCAAGGUCUGUAGACUGUAAGCCCAGAACAUGUCCCGUUCCACCCACAUGUGCAAAUGGAGAGAAGUUGAUACAAUACAAGUCCAACGAAUCUUGUUGUGAAACUGCAUAUUGUGAGCCAAGAACAUGUUUUCACAACCACACGGAGUAUAAGAUUGGUGCAUCAUUUGAUGAUCUCCAUAACCCAUGUGUGUCCUAUUUCUGUACUCAAAAUGGCUUUGUCACAAAGGUCCAAGAUUGCCCAAAGCAAAAUUGGUGCUCAGAGGAAAACAGAAUAUAUGAUUCAAAAAAAUGUUGCUACACUUGUAAGGAAGACUGCAAACCAGUUCCUGUGAAUGUAACUGUUGAAUACAAAGGCUGUACAAAGAAGGUUGAGAUGGCAAAAUGUAGUGGGGAAUGCAAAAAAAUGUUUGUGUAUAACUAUGAAACAUUUCAAGUGGAAAACUCAUGUAUGUGCUGCCAAGAAGAUAUGUAUGAGAAUAGAGAAGUCGCCCUUAGUUGUCCGAAAAAGAAAACAUUGCCUUACACAUACAGACAUACCAUCUCUUGCUCAUGCAAGAAUCUUUGUUCAAGCUCUACAGUAUUUUAAUUUAAAGGAGGAAUUCCCUCUUUGUUUGUAACUGUGAAUAAGAUAUCUCCAAGUAUAAAAACCUAGACAAAA